CAAACGCCUCCCAAUCCCGCCAAUUGAACCCCCAACGAUUCAAAGUCACUUUCCCUUUGAUAUAAACCCCUCAACUCCCUCGCUUGCUUUCUCUCUUAGCCCUAAUCCUAAACUUCGCCUCUUUCUCCGAAGAAAAGCAAAAGAAACCCGAAAAUGCUUGAGCUGAGGCUUGUUCAAGGUUCGCUUCUAAAGAAAGUCUUGGAAGCGAUUAAGGACUUGGUCACCGAUGCGAACUUCGACUGUUCGGCUACGGGGUUCUCGUUGCAGGCCAUGGAUUCGAGCCACGUGGCCCUGGUGGCUCUGUUGCUGAGAUCGGAAGGGUUCGAGCACUAUCGCUGCGAUAGGAACAUUUCCAUGGGAAUGAAUCUCAAUAACAUGUCCAAGAUGCUGAAGUGUGCCGGUAAUGAUGACAUCAUCACAAUCAAGGCUGACGACGGCAGUGAUACAGUUACUUUCAUGUUCGAGAGCCCCACACAAGACAAGAUAUCAGAUUUUGAGAUGAAGCUGAUGGAUAUUGAUAGUGAGCACUUUGGAAUUCCAGAGGCAGAGUACCAUGAUGUUAGGAUGCCUUCAGCUGAGUUUGCAAGGAUUUGUAAAGAUCUUGCUAGCAUUGGUGAUACUGUUGUUAUCUCUGUUACGAAGGAAGGUGUGAAGUUUUCCACAAGAGGUGAUAUUGGAACUGCAAAUAUUGUUCUCAGCAAAAUACCACUGUAAUAAACCGAAGAAGCAACAAUUAUAGAGAUGAACGAUCCAGUGUCAUUGACAUUUGCAUUGAGGUACAUGAACUCAUUUACAAAGGCCACUCCGUUGUCAAAUACAGUGACAAUCAGCUUGUCUUCAGAACUGCCUGUUGUGGUUGAGUACAAGAUAGCUGAUGGUUAUAUCAGGUUCUACUUGGCACCAAGAUUGAAGAAGAUGAGGAUGAGACUAAGCCACAAGUCUAACUUGAUUUUGGCAUGGGGUCUUGUUUCCUUGUUCAGUAGUAUGUGUUUGAUAUUGUUGUCAAUGUUGCCUCGAGGGUUCUACUUGAGGCUCACAUUGUAGCCAAGCGAUAAAAAGUUUAGGUCGGAUGGAUGAUAAAUUUCUUUCA